UUAAGGUACUUAGACGCUUUAGUUGAUCAACAGAAGAAAAGAGGUAAUAUUGUUCGCGAGUAUUGUGUGAAACUUUUUGUGUAAAUUAUGAAAUGAGAUAAUACAUUUGUAAAUUUAAAUUUAAUUCGAAUUAUUAAAUAUUUGUAAUGAGCAAUUAUGUGAGGAAACUUUUUAAAUAUCGGAUGAUCUGUUUAAAUUGCAACUUCAAGUGACCGGUGUUCUUAUCGAGCUUAAGGUUAAGUGUCGAACCACGAAAUAAACAUAAACAUCGGGAGCUGUUGAAGUGCAUUAAGGUUAGCAAUGAAAAUAUAACGCAGUUAGAAAAGUAUGUCCCGCGAGUCUUGUAAAGAUCGACAGGAGAACGAAAUUGAAGUUUUAAAGAGUAUUUUUGGUGACGACCUUCAUGAUUUACGACGUGGGAAAAGUAGGCGAAAAUGGCAACCACUAGAUAUGUCCAUUACUUUGAUACCACAGAGAAGCAUGUCUGGCCCAGCUGAAGUGUAUGCACAGAUCGAUUUACAUGUAACCUGCAGCGAUAAAUAUCCUGAUGAAGUGCCAAGUAUAGAACUACAGAAGAGCAGAGGCUUAUCCCACCAACAGAUUGCAGUAUUAUAUUCUGAAUUAAUGGAACUCACGAUGCGAUUACGAGGAGAAGUAAUGAUUUUUGAGUUAGCUCAACAUAUUCAAAAAUAUCUACAUGAGAAUAACAAACCAAGCUAUAGCAGUUUUUAUGAAGAAAUGGUUUCGAGGCACCAAGAGAAAAUCGAAUUUGAGAUGUUGGAGAAACGGCUAAAGGAGGAUAAAGAAAGACAGGUAUUACAGGAUGAAAUUCAAAAAAGACAAGAAGCUCUAAAAGCUGAAAAUCGUAAUCGAAAAGAAUCAAUUCGUUUGUGUAAUGACCGAUCAAGUUAUCUAUCUCAAUCAAUACCGUCAUCUCCUCAAGAGAGAUCACGAAUUUAUUCUCGAAGGAGGUGUGCUAGUAGCUCCGAAAGUUCUGAUGGUUUUUUAUGCGAACAUAAAGGCACAAAGUUGCUACACUUCGAUCAAAAUAAAGAUGAACGACAAGUGUAUAGAGGAAAAUGUAUGGGUCAUAGUACUAAAGGGUCAGUUGUAUAUGCAGGCGGGGAUAUGACAACUGGUGAAUUGUUUGCAAUUACUGAAUGGACAUUUAAAAUAAAUAACACAGUUGAUGAAAAUAGUAUGCAAAACAUUACUAAACAAAUAGGAAGUCUAGAACAAGAAAUAAAUCAUUUACACAAAUUACAUCAUCCAAACCUUGUACACUAUUUAAAUAUGAAAUAUCUAGAAGAUGGAGAUGCUGCACUUAUUUACGUUCUUCAAGAAUUUGUGAUAGGUACUAGCUGCGCCUUUUUUCUGAUGGAAAAUAUUCCUGUGGACAUUGACCUUCUUCGAUAUCUGGCAAAUGGGAUCCUCUUUGCUUUGAGGUUCCUUCAUGAGAAUAAUGUUGUUCAUAAAGACCUACGCGACACGAGUAUCUACAUUGAUCGCACGGGAACAGUAAAAGUGUCGGAUUAUUCACUUAAUAAACGUUUAUCUGAUAUUUAUCAAACAUAUACACUAGUCGAGCCUGAACAGGAGUUUCCCAGUAUUCAAGGAAGAGGUGGAAAAAAAGCCGACAUAUACCGUUUUGGUGCUCUUAUGUUUUCUUUAUUGAACGGAGUUAUUGUUUCUGGAGACAAAAUCGAUCCAACAGCGAUAAUUCAACCUGAUCUCCGGGAUUUUUUGCUGAAGUGCCUUACCAAUGACGAAAGAAAACGCUGGUCGGCUGAACAAUUGUUACAGCACACUUUUAUAAAAGCACCUCUAGCUCGUGCUCUGUCACCACCAAAAAUACCACGUAGAGACGAAAAGAAAAAUCAUGAGCCAGAGGAGACCGAUACAGACAUUCGGCAAUACGUACCGCCUUUAGGUGGUCAUUCAAGAAUUACAAAUGAAUUCGAAGUUCUUGAAUGGCUUGGUAAAGGCGCCUUCGGCGAUGUCCUGAAAGUGAAAAAUAAAUUGGAUGGUGGAAUUUAUGCUAUUAAAAGAAUAGAACUUAACCCGAAGAACAAACAACUCAACAGAAAAAUUACCAGAGAGGUCAAAUUGUUAUCACGCAUGAAUCAUGAAAAUGUAGUGCGGUAUUAUAAUUCCUGGAUAGAAAGUGCUACCAUAACUGAGGAAAUGGGAGAAGAGCAUAUAACACCCACAGUAAAAAAACGGCAGGAUCUGUUUAAUCACUUGAUUACGGAUGAUAUUGAAAAAUUGACACCUCCAUUGCAAGAAGUUGAGUGGAACGUUUCAUACAAAUCUCGAACUAAUACAACCCUUCCACCAGAUAGUGAUGAGGACAACAGCGAUGCAUCUAGUGACACCGAUAGUGAUGAAGAUUGUGCGUUUUUAAUGCGGAAUCUUUUAACGUUUGAUUCUUCCGACGGCAUAGAGUUUGAAAGGGAUUCAAAUUGGCAAGAGCCUGAAUCAAGCACAAAAGAAGAUGACACCGAAGAUACGUAUUUGUCAAAGGAAACGACGAGAGAAAUUCAAUUCAUGUACAUUCAAAUGGAAUUCUGUGAAAAGAGUACUCUUCGUACGGCAAUUGACGCAGGCCUUUACAAUGAUCAAGAAAGAGUGUGGAGAUUGUUCCGAGAAAUUGUUGAAGGUUUAGCGCAUAUUCAUCAACAGGGAAUGAUACACAGGGACUUAAAACCGGUUAACAUAUUUUUAGACAGUAAUGACCAUGUAAAAAUUGGAGAUUUCGGUCUGGCUACUACAAACAUACUUCCAUCAUUUGUACAAACUAUGGAAACUGAUAAAGACUCGCAAGUUUUCGAAAAAGGAAUCAGUUUUGGCACAGAGGAGGUGGGUUCUCUAACAGGACAAGUAGGCACAGCACUUUAUGUAGCUCCUGAGCUUACAACGAAAGCUGCAAAAGCUAUUUACAAUCAAAAGGUUGACAUUUACAGUCUUGGAAUAAUAUUAUUUGAAAUGUGUCACAAGCCACUAACAACAGGGAUGGAACGAAUUAACAUUUUACUUAAUGUACGAUUAAAAGAAAUUGUGCUUCCGCCAGAAAUGCUGCAGGCAAACAUGCAAUUACAAAUCCAUAUUUUACGGUGGUUAUUAAAUCAUGACCCCAGUCAACGACCUACAGCUCAAGAACUUUUGUCUUCAGAGUACCUACCACCUCCACGACUUGAAGAAACAGAAUUGCAAGAAAUGAUUCGACGCACUCUAUCAAACAAUCAAACCAAAGCAUAUAAAUACUUAAUUUCUUGUUGUUUUACGCAAGAAGUCACACCUGCAGACGACAUUACUUAUGAUAUGAAUUUACCUAGUAGAGGGCACAUUCAUUUUUUGUCUUGGAAGAAAUACCAAGAAGUGGUAAAGUACAAAGUGAUCGAAGUUUUUCAAAGACACGGUGGUGUUAAUCUUGAAACGCCGCUUUUGAUGCCGAAGUCACGUCAGUUCUGUAGUUUUUCAGAUUCUUAUGUAAAUUUAAUGACUCGCAAUGGAAACAUUGUUUGUAUCCCCCACGAUUUACGAGCCCCGUUUGCAAGAUACAUUGUGUGGAAUAAUGUCGUACAUAUUAGAAGAUAUGCUAUUGAAAGAGUUUUCAGAGAAAAGAAGGUUCUAGGCUUUCAUCCUAGAGAACUUUACGAAUGCGCAUUUGACAUCAUAAGCCCUACUGCCAAUAACUUUUUGAUGGAAGCUGAAUUAAUAUAUAUUGUCUGGGAAGUAAUUAACGAAUUACCUCAAUUACGAGAACGAAAUUUCACUAUUCGUCUUAACCAUACGUCUUUAUUAAAAGCUGUGUUAAUGUACUGUGGUAUUGACCAAGAAAAAUAUCAAGACAUUUAUUCAAUCCUUCGAGAUGCACGUGACGGAAAAUUUUCGAGGUUCCAAAUACAAACGCAUUUAAUAAGUUUAUGUUUGACCGAUCAAGCUAUGGAGACAUUAUUCAAUUUAUUUGAGACUGAGAGUUCUGUUGCCAAGAUUCAGAGUGUUUUAAAAACAAUUACAAGGAGAAAAGGAGAUGCUGCUGCGUUAGCUAAAGAAGGCUUAAAAGAAAUUGAAAUUGUAAUGAAGAAUAUUGAAACGUUAGGUGUGAAGUGGCCAGUAGUUGUGGUACCUCUUCUAGUGCAUAAUAUAAACCAACACAGUGGUACAAUUUAUCAAAUAACUUGUGAAGUGAAACGCCGUAGAAAAAAAUGUGGUGAAGAGGUAAUUGCAGCUGGAGGUCGUUACGACAAAAUGCUGUCGUCUUUCAGAAAGAUACUUGAACGUACAGGAAUGGCCAACAAAGAAACCAAGCAAUACGGCGUUGGUAUCAGUAUUUCAUUAGAAAAACUUGCUUCUGCUGUCUUAGAAACAUCAGAAUCAUUAGAAAAUAAAUCCGGAAUUGAUGUUGCCAUUUCUUGCCUGGGCAAUCCUCAUCGCGAAAAGGAGAUGAUUGAUCUUCUGAAAGAAUUUUGGAGUUUAAGUUUGAAAGUUACGAUCUUGGAUUUGGCAUCCGUUGAAGAAAUUCUCGAACAUUGCCGAGAACAUUCGAUUAAUCAAGUUGUCAUUUUAAGAGCUGGAGAAAAAGGGAGUGUCAGAAUUCAGAGUUGGGAACGCGAUAGAUUUCAAGAAAAGAAGAUAGCUAAUCAAGAAGUUGGAGAAUUUCUCCAAAGACUUGACAAUUCCGUGCCAAUUUUAAACAGAGCUGAGAGUAAAACAAUGACAAAUGACAAUUCCUUAAGUAACAACAAUCCAGUUAACAUUAAUAUUAACUUUAUUUUGUCCGAAAGAGACAAACUUUCGGGUAGUUCAAGAAGAAGCUUAAAAAAUUCUAUGCUUGCACAAAUGUCUACAUAUUUUCAGAGAAUUGCGCAUAAAAUUCCAAUUGAAAUUUUUGCAGUCUUUUUGGAAAUGAGCGUAAUCAGAACGAUUAUAAGUUUUUUGGAUAUUGAUGAAGAGGAUCAAAAUUUUCUUAAAAGCAUACAGGUCAUUAUUGACAAACAUCCAAGACAUAAGAAGUAUAUAAAGGAAAUAUGUGACGAAAUGCGGGAGACAAGAAGAGAAAAACUUCAUCCUGUACUGAUACUCUACAGUGUAAUCGAUAGUCAAUACAUGUCUCUAUUAUGA